AUGGCUGCGAACGUAGAGAGAGAAAGAGAGGAGCCUAAUCCGGCAACUAGGCCGCUUCACAACUUCACAUUGCCCUCGUGCCUCAAAUGGGGUCACCAGAAACACAUCCGUCGCAAGAAGCUCGGCAAUUCUUCCAGUGAUCACCCUGAUGAGCACGGCGGUAGCAAUCAGGUGCAGCGAAUUUCUCCGAUUAACCCUGUGGCUGACGAUGAUGAUAUCGAGAAGCUGAUGACUGAUCUCCAUGGCGAUAAGAAACCCACUGAAGAGGAGGAUGAUUCAAACCCCGCUGCUGCCGGCCCGUGGAGUUUGCGUAGUCGCCGAGCUGGCGACGGAACUGGAAAAGUAGUGAACUUAGCGCCGCAGCCGCAGAAGAGUAAGUUUUCAAUCGCUCUCUCCAGAGAAGAGAUUGAAGCUGAUUUCACUGCCAUUACCGGUGUCAAACCACCCAGAAAACCCAAGAAAAGGCCCAGAGCUAUUCAGAAGGAGAUUGAUGUAAUUAAAAGCCUUAAUCAAAAGAUUGUAAUUUUAACCAUUUCUCACCUCAAUUCCAAUAACUAA